AUGGAAUAAAAUGAGAUUUAUUAGAACAGCUAGGACUCGCCUAUUCGAUAGAAUGAUUUGUACUUUAGAACUAGUGAUGACGAAACAGAUGUCGACAUUAAGGAUGAGAUUUACGAUCUUAAUUUGCAGUUAUUGUCGGAUAGAUCCUUCGUUUAUAUUCCUCCUGAUGAACAAGCGUUAGAUGAUUGCUCUAGCCAAUCAGAAGAUGGUAUUGAUGAGGAGUUGAUGUCUUGCAAUGAUCUCCAUUAUAAAGCGAACUAAUCUCAAUAACAUAACAUUCGCACAGACUGA